CGGAACCGGCUUCCUGCCUCCAGGGGGCAGCGGCCGCGGUCCGCUCUGUACGUGGACAGCUCGGCGCCACGCCCGCGCCGCUCUUUCCGUUUCUGGGAGUGGCGGGCCGGCCAGCGGGCCGCCGGGGUCGGCGGGAGCCAUUCCGGUGUCGCUGCGCCCGCGGGGGCCGCCCGAGCCGGCCACGAUGCCUCUGGGCCUGAAGCCCACCUGCAGCGGCUGCAAGACCACGUCGUCCUCCAUGUGGAAGAAGGGCCCGCAGGGGGAGAUCCUCUGUCACCACUGCACGGGCAGGGGCGGCGCGGGCGGCGGGGGCACCGGCUCGGGGGCGGCCGGGGGGACAGGGGGCAGCGGCGGCGGAGGCGGCUUCGGCGCGGCCACCUUCGCCAGCACCUCGGCCGCCCAGCCGCAGAGCAACGGGGGCGGGGGCGGCAAGCAGAGUAAGCAAGAAAUUCACAGGAGGUCAGCUCGGCUCCGAAACACUAAGUACAAAUCUGCUCCAGCUGCUGAAAAGAAAGUUUCCACUAAAGGAAAAGGGAGAAGACAUAUUUUUAAAUUAAAAAAUCCCAUCAAAGCUCCUGAAUCGGUUUCCACCAUAAUCACUGCAGAAUCAAUCUUCUACAAGGGAGUCUAUUACCAAAUUGGAGAUGUCGUUUCUGUGAUUGACGAACAAGAUGGAAAACCCUACUAUGCUCAGAUCAGGGGUUUUAUCCAGGACCAGUAUUGUGAGAAGAGUGCAGCACUGACGUGGCUCAUUCCCACUCUCUCCAGCCCCAGGGACCAGUUUGACCCUGCAUCUUACAUCAUAGGACCAGAGGAGGAUCUUCCAAGGAAAAUGGAAUACUUGGAAUUUGUCUGUCACGCGCCUUCUGAAUACUUCAAGUCACGUUCCUCACCCUUCCCCACAGUUCCCACCAGACCAGAGAAGGGCUAUAUAUGGACUCACGUUGGACCCACUCCUGCAAUAACUAUUAAGGAAACGGUUGCCAACCAUUUGUAGUUUAAAAAGUAAACCCGGAUUUCUGGUUGUCUUGUAUCUAUACUGUUACUGUAAGAUAUGCCACAUGUUUCUUUAAUGAAAUUCUUGGAUGAAAAAACAGCCAAAAAGUUUUUUGCCUGCUGCCCAGUAAUCAUUAGCUUGUUUAUUGCUAGUCACUUAGAAUACUAAGAGAUUGAAAAUAAUUAAAUAUAUUUUGAAGUGAAGAAUUAAAUCCUGUGUGUGUAGCCUCCGAGGCAAAGACUCUAACUUCCAGGAAGGCCACUUUAGGAAAAGGUUGUAUCUAUUUUUCUCCAUAAUUUAUUUCUAGAAACUCAUAAAAUGGAUUAUAUUUUUCUACAAGAAUAAAAUAUUAAUUAAGGUUUGGAUUUCUAACCAAGGGUGGAAUCGAAUCAAAUGUAGCUAUGAUCCACAGUCUCCAUCACCAAGUUGAAAAAGCUUUAUUUUAUCAUCUGGAAAAUGUUAUGACAGACUGUUGGCUUCUUUAACCUUAAGGAAAGUGAUUGGUGGCUAAUUUUAUUAGCCCAGGCUUCUAAAAACUUUCAUCUAAUUCUUCUGUAGUAAACAAGUGUUCAGAAUCA